AUGGCCACGGAAAACGACUCUGGCGUUGUAAACAGUCACUCCAAGCAAGAGCCUACAACUCAGACCGAAGCAGAAGUCAACAAAAAAUCGCUGAAGGAUACUGCUAGAGAGACCAACGGUGACAGCCAUCCGCUGGAGAAGGACCAAGCGCUACCUGCAGAGUCCGUCCACAAUCCAGACCAGAGUAGCUCGGAAGAAACCGAGUUUGCUGGAGACUCCAAGACCGUUGAUACUUCAACUUCUCCAGAACAAGCCCUCGCCGGGCCCGUGACUGACGCUCAACAACCAUCUACAGCCAACACAGCGCAAGCAGGAGACAAACAAGAGCACAACCCGUCUUCGGCACCGGCCAAUCAUGACAAAGCUGUCCUUGGAGAAUCUACGGAACCUGCACGCAAGAAGCAGAAAACUAGCGAAGAGAAUGGUGUGGUCGAAAACGGUCAACCAGCUUCCUCAGCAACCGGUAACGCGACCUCGAAUGCCACUCGGAACGGGGAGAAAAAGUCAGGGCGCUCUAAGAAAGUGAAAGACACAGUGAAGCAUAUAGUUCCUAAAGAUGGUAUCGGGAGUCGGACACGCAGUCGGACCAAGGCUGCGACUUGA